UCAUUAGUGGCCUAUAUAAGCCUCAUACAGGCCAUGGGAAGACAUUACCUGUUGAUAACACAGACUAUUUUCAUGAUCAUGGGAGGUGUGAGAGAAUUGCUGCUCGUUGUGAUGACUGUGGGGGUUGUCAAAGUUUCUUGUUACCCUGUUGGAAAGUCCCAGAAGCAAGAUCAAGUCUCUCUGCAGAGGAGACUUGGAGAGCUGUCAUCAAAUGACGUCUCCAUUGUGCAUGCCCUGGCCUUGCUCCGAUCCAUAGGGUCUGACGCGAAACAAACCAGAGAAGAGUAUUUAGAGACCAAUGAAGUAGAAUCCCAAGCUUCUCCAAACCAUGGUAGUUCUCCGGCAAAUGAUGCCCUGUCCUCUGAGGAGAAGCUGAGGCACAUGUCCUCUGACGACGCCACCUCUGAAGCUGCCACCGGCCCGUCCUCUGACGACGCCACCUCUGAAGCUGCCACCGGCCCGUCCUCUGACGACGCCACCUCUGAAGCUGCCACCGGCCCGUCCUCUGACGACGCCACCUCUGAAGCUGCCACCGGCCCGUCCUCUGACGACGCCACCUCUGAAGCUGCCACCGGCCCGUCCUCUGACGACGCCACCUCUGAAGCUGCCACCGGCCCGUCCUCUGACGACGCCACCGGCCCGUCCUCUGACGACGCCACCUCUGAAGCUGCCACCGGCCCGUCCUCUGACGACGCCACCUCUGAAGCUGCCACCGGCCCGUCCGGCGACGACGCCACCUCUGAAGCUGCCACCGGCCCGUCCUCUGACGACGCCACCUCUGAAGCUGCCACCGGCCCGUCCUCUGACGACGCCACCUCUGAAGCUGCCACCGGCCCGUCCUCUGACGACGCCACCUCUGAAGCUGCCACCGGCCCGUCCUCUGACGACGCCACCUCUGAAGCUGCCACCGGCCCGUCCUCUGACGACGCCACCUCUGAAGCUGCCACCGGCCCGUCCUCUGACGACGCCAACUCUGAAGCUGCCACCGGCCCGUCCUCUGACGACGCCACCUCUGAAGCUGCCACCGCUGCCACCGGCCCGUCUGGCGACGACGCCACCUCUGAAGCUGCCACCGGCCCGUCUGGCGACGACGCCACCUCUGAAGCUGCCACCGGCCCGUCCUCUGACGACGCCACCUCUGAAGCUGCCACCGGCCCGUCCUCUGACGACGCCACCUCUGAAGCUGCCACCGGCCCGUCCUCUGACGACGCCACCUCUGAAGCUGCCACCGGCCCGUCCUCUGACGACGCCACCUCUGAAGCUGCCACCGGCCCGUCCUCUGACGACGCCACCUCUGAAGCUGCCACCGGCCCGUCCUCUGACGACGCCACCUCUGAAGCUGCCACCGGCCCGUCCUCUGACGACGCCACCUCUGAAGCUGCCACCGGCCCGUCCUCUGACGACGCCACCUCUGAAGCUGCCACCGGCCCGUCCUCUGACGACGCCACCUCUGAAGCUGCCACCGGCCCGUCCUCUGACGACGCCACCUCUGAAGCUGCCACCGGCCCGUCCUCUGACGACGCCACCUCUGAAGCUGCCACCGGCCCGUCCUCUGACGACGCCACCUCUGAAGCUGCCACCGGCCCGUCCUCUGACGACGCCACCUCUGAAGCUGCCACCGGCCCGUCCUCUGACGACGCCACCUCUGAAGCUGCCACCGGCCCGUCCUCUGACGACGCCACCUCUGAAGCUGCCACCGGCCCGUCCUCUGACGACGCCACCUCUGAAGCUGCCACCGGCCCGUCCUCUGACGACGCCACCUCUGAAGCUGCCACCGGCCCGUCCUCUGACGACGCCACCUCUGAAGCUGCCACCGGCCCGUCCUCUGACGACGCCACCUCUGAAGCUGCCACCGGCCCGUCCUCUGACGACGCCACCUCUGAAGCUGCCACCGGCCCGUCCGGCGACGACGCCACCUCUGAAGCUGCCACCGGCCCGUCCUCUGACGACGCCACC